CACAUUCUCAUUUUCCGUCGCUUUCUCAGCUGUUGCAUAUAUAUUUACCAUUGUUUGGUUAUUGGCGAUUGAUACCCCGAGCGCAUAAGCCUUAUUCAUUAUGCCGUCGGCAGAGAAGAGGCCAAAGACACUCUACGACAAGGUCUUUCAAGACCAUGUAGUUAACGAGCAGGAUGAUGGCACGAUACUGCUUUAUAUCGAUAGGCACCUUGUACAUGAAGUGACAUCACCGCAAGCUUUCGAGGGCCUGAAAAACGCUGGGCGUCGAGUUCGAAGGCCAGACUGCACCUUAGCUACGGUUGACCAUAAUGUUCCCACCACAUCACGCAAGACUUUCAAGAACGUUGCCGAUUUCGUUCAGGAGGCAGAUUCUCGUCUUCAAUGCUUGACCCUCGAAGAGAACGUGAAAGACUUCGGCCUCACGUACUUCGGCCUGGGAGACAAGAGACAAGGAAUCGUUCACAUCAUUGGUCCGGAACAAGGCUUUACUUUGCCGGGUACAACGGUUGUGUGCGGAGAUAGCCACACCUCGACCCAUGGAGCUUUCGGAGCUUUGGCGUUCGGUAUCGGUACUAGUGAAGUGGAACAUGUCCUUGCGACGCAGACCUUGAUCACUAAGCGGAGUAAAAACAUGCGAGUACAGGUUGAGGGCGACCUUUUACCGGGUGUCACCAGUAAAGACGUUGUCCUACACGUUAUUGGCGUGAUUGGAACUGCAGGUGGCACAGGUUGCGUCAUUGAAUUCUGCGGCUCCGCGAUCAGGGGACUUAGCAUGGAGGCAAGAAUGUCCAUCUGCAACAUGUCUAUUGAAGCCGGUGCUAGAGCUGGUAUGAUCGCACCCGAUGAGAUUACUUUUGAAUACUUGAAAGGGAGACCACUUGCGCCCAAGUACGACAGUGCGGAGUGGAAGAAAGCCGUCAAAUAUUGGUCGAGCUUGAAGUCCGACGAAGGUGCCAGCUAUGAUAAGGAAGUGUUCAUUGAUGCAAAGGAUAUCGCUCCCACAGUUUCAUGGGGUACCUCUCCCCAGGAUGUUGUGGCAAUUACUGGCGUCGUCCCAGGGCCAGACGACUUCGAUGAUGAAGUGAAGAAAGCAAGUGCCCGCAGAGCUCUUGAAUACAUGGGCCUCACUGCCGGAACCCGCAUGCAAGAUAUCUCAAUCGACAAAGUUUUCAUUGGCUCAUGCACAAAUUCCCGUCUCGAAGAUUUACGCAGUGCUGCCCACAUUGUUCAAGGGAAAAAGGUGGCCCCGAACGUUAAGCGGGCCAUGAUUGUCCCUGGAUCUGGCUUGGUCAAGGAGCAAGCUGAAGAAGAAGGCCUGGAUAAGAUUUUCCUCGAUGCUGGGUUCGAGUGGAGAGAAGCCGGGUGCUCAAUGUGUCUCGGCAUGAAUCCAGAUAUUCUCUCACCGCGAGAGCGAUGCGCGAGUACUUCGAAUAGAAACUUCGAAGGUCGGCAAGGAGCAGGAGGACGGACACACCUUAUGUCGCCCGUAAUGGCUGCCGCUGCCGCUAUCGUUGGAAAACUCGCUGAUGUCAGAGACCUUACCCACGCUGUCCCAAUAUCGAAACGUGCAUCACCAAAGGUUGAAGUCCAGCCAGAGGUUGAUGAUAUUGACACAGAUGAUGACCUUGAUCGUAUCCUUGAUUGUCCUAAUGAUAGCGAGCCUCAUACUAACUGCUCUGCUUCCAAAUCUUCCUCCGGUCUUCCUAAAUUCACUACACUCAAGGGUAUCGCGGCUCACCUUGACCGUGCGAACGUUGACACCGACGCCAUCAUCCCGAAACAAUUCCUUAAAACAAUCAAGCGCACGGGACUUGGAAGUGCACUCUUCUACUCCCUUCGAUAUAAUGAAGAUGGCAGCGAAAACCCAGACUUUAUUCUCAACAAGGAACCAUACCGCCAGAGCAAGAUCCUGGUUGGCGGAGAAAAUUUUGGCUGUGGAAGUUCUCGAGAACAUGCACCAUGGGCGCUCCUCGAUUUCGGCAUCAAGUGUGUUAUUGCACCGUCCUUUGCUGAUAUUUUCUUCAACAACACAUUUAAAAACGGCAUGCUUCCUGUUAUAAUACGGGACGAAGCGGCUCUGAAGAAGAUCGCAGCAGAAGCGGAGCGUGGUAACGAUAUAGAAGUUGACUUGGUCAACCAACGCAUAAACGAUGCUACCGGCAGCAAGCUUGCGGACUUUGACGUCGAGCAAUUUAGGAAGCACUGUCUCGUGAAUGGCUUGGAUGACAUUGGCCUCACCAUGCAGAUGGAAGAUCAAAUCAAGGAAUUCGAAACGAUCCGUUCGCAGGAGACCCCGUGGCUUGACGGAAGCGGAUAUUUGAAGCAGAAGAAUGGAAGGAAGACUGGCCCGGUCAUGGUUGAAGCUGCUCCUGUGCCCAAGACGAAUAGAGGCGAAGUCAAGGGUGAGCCGCUGGAAUGGUAAAAAGUAUAUCAUAUGUUCUUCUUCUACUAAAGUCCUUUUUUAUCUUCCUUUUCUUUUUUUUCCCUUAUAACUUCCUUGCAACUUCUUAAUUUACGAUCUACGGGCUGUUUUUCUUUUUUGGAUGUGAUAGCGCUCGGGUUGCCACUAGCAUCAAAAUGCUUUACGUACCUCACGGGUUAAUACAUACAGUAUGACGUGCAUAUUUGAUUGAUAAAAAGAAUAUGAUAAUGCAUACGGAUUACAUUUGACGUUGU